AUGGGCGCCCUUAGCACCGUGAAUGAAGUAAUGGAUUACUGGACGAAGGUUCAGAACCUCUGGGUCUACCUGGAGGCGGUCUUUGUUGGUGGUGAUAUUGCCAAACAGAUGCCUCAAGAGGCGCGUCGGUUCACCAAUGUGGAUAAGGCCUGGGUCAAACUGAUGGAGCGAGCUCGUGAGAACCCUGGUGUGGUCUCCUGUUGCACUAUGGACUCCACUCUGCAGGACUUACUUCCACGAAUGCUGGACCAGUUGGAGAUGUGUCAACGUUCCCUGUCUGGUUAUCUGGAGGGCAAGCGUCGCCUCUUUCCACGCUUCUUCUUCGUCUCUGAUCCCGUUCUACUGGAGAUCCUUGGACAAGCCUCUACACCCGAGGCCAUUCAGCAGCACCUGCUAACAAUUUUCGACAGUAUGGACCACCUCAAGUUCAACGAGUCCAUCAGUCGGGUGUUGGUUGCCUAUUCGGCUGAUGGUGAAGACUUGCCGGUAAGUAUUCGUUGA